AUGAACCCCAAUCAAAUCGCUAUCGUUAAGAGAAGAAAGAGAAAUGGACCACAAAAGGUUCUUCCGAUUCACAUCAAGAACAUGAUUGUAAAGAAAUGUUAUAUAGAAGAGUCCAUGACCCGAGCCGAAGCAGCCAGGGCAUUUGGUGUCUCAUGGGUGUCGAUUAACAACAUCAUCACCAAGUUCGAGAGGGAUGCUACUGUAGAGCCCAAGAAGCGAGGCGGCUCACGCGCGGAAAGUCUUAAGAUAACCAAUGAGCAUUCGAAGUUCAUUCAAGACCUCUUGGACGAAUGCUGCACCUUGACUCUUGGUUAA